AACUUCCAACCGGAAAGAAAAAGAUGCCCGAAACAAAACCCCUCUUCCUCAGUCUAGCUACAGGCUAUAGAUUCGCUACCAAUAUUGUGCUUCCUUGCUCUGCCUUUAAACUUCUCACCCCAUCUUUGGCCGGCCCCAUUCUUGUACUUCUUUGCUCUGCCUCCAGCUCCACAUAUUUUCAACAUCCUUACCUCAUUUCGCCACCUGAUCUAAAACAAGAUGUAGAAACACAACUUCAAACCGAAACACAACUUCAAACCGAGUAUUACUUAGAAAAAGAGGCCAAAGAAGAAGUGAAGAAAUGGCUUCAAGAUGUAGAGAAGAUCAAUGCUGAAAUUCAGAAGGAUGAUGUUUUAAACAGGCUGCACAAAGCUUCAUGCUUCUCACGAGCUCACCUUGGAAAACUUGCUCGUAAAAAAAUUGAUGUACUGGAUGCAAUUCUUCAACGAGGCAGUUUUGCUGACGGACUAGUAGUUAAUAAGCCUGCAACUGCUUUGCCUAUACCAGUAGACGAUCUAGAAGGCGAGGUUACUGUGAAGGAAAAAAUAUUGGGAUACUUGAAAGGUAAUGAGGUCCCAAUGAUCUUAGUUUGUGGAAUCGGGGGUGUUGGGAAGACCACCAUUAUGAAGCAUAUCCAUAAUGAAUUACUAUUGAUGGAGUCUAGAUUUGAUAAAGUGAUCUGGGUUACUGUCUCAUAUCCAUGCAAUGUGCUUAGAUUACAACAUGAAAUUGCUAAGGGGAUGAAGGAAUACCUCCGAGAGAAUGAGCAUCAGCAAAGGCGAGCUUCUGAAUUGAUGAAGAUGAUGGGAAGGGUGAAAUAUGUGUUGAUAUUAGAUGAUGUGUGGCAGACGUUUACUCUCGAAGAUGUUGGAAUCCCGAGUCCCACAUUGGAAAACGGUUGCAAACUAGUUAUUACUAGUAGAAAGGUGGAUGUCUGCAAGUCCCUUGGUUGUGAAAUAGUUAAAGUGUCUCCUCUUUCAAAGGAAGAGUCUUUGAAUUUGUUCUUAGAGAAGGUGGGAAGGGACAUUCUACAAGUUCCAGAAUUGGAAGGAUUUUGGAAAGCCAUGGUGGAGGAGUGUGCUGGACUACCCUUGGCUAUUGUUGUAAUAGCUGGGAGCAUGAAACGAGUAACUGAUGUCCAUGAGUGGAGGCAUGCUUUAAAUGAAUUACGUGGACGCGUAAGAGCUACAGCCGAAGGUUCAGAAGAUGAGAUAUUUGAGCGAUUGAAGUUCAGCUAUGAUCGUUUGCAAGAUUCAAAUAUCCAAAAUUGUUUCUUAUCUUGCUCACUAUAUGCUGAAGACUAUGAAAUUAGCAAAUAUGAUCUAGUUGAACAAUGGAUUGAUGAGGAACUUAUUGAAGAAUUAGGGAGUAGACAAGCAAUGCUUGUUAAAGGACGAACCAUAUUAAACAGCCUUGAAAACAGUUGUCUGUUAGAGAAAGCUCGUAUUCCAGGUGCUGUUAAAAUGCAUGAUGUUGUGAGAGAUAUGGCAUUACGCAUCAAGAGCAUUGGUUCUCAAUUUAUGGUGAAGGCUCGUAUGGGAUUGACAGAGAUACCAGAUGAGCAUGAAUGGACUGAAAAUCUUGAAAAGGUUUCCUUGAUGCAGAAUGAAAUCUCAGAUAUUCCUCUAAACAUGUGCCCAAAUUGUCCCAUUCUCACAACCUUGAUGUUGCAAUGGAAUAGGACAUUGAGCCAAAUUCCAGAUUGCUUUUUUGCAAACAUGCAAGGGCUCAAGUGUCUCAAUCUUUCUGGAACUAGCAUUGAAAGUCUACCUCAUUCCACCUGCAAUUUGGAGAAUCUUACUACAUUGCUCUUGCGUGGUUGUAGGCAAUUAAAACAUGUGCCUUGCUUGGCAAAGCUUAAGGCAUUGAAGAAGUUGGAUAUGUCUGAGGCGGGAAUUGUUGUGGUCCCUGAAGGUAUUGAUAUGCUUGUAAAUCUCCAAUAUCUUGAUUUACGGUGUCCAGAAUUGGUGGAGCUACCGACACAAAUACUCGGUAACCUCUCUCACCUCCAGCACUUGACAGUAUAUUUGAACUCGACUACUUUAAAGAUAAAAGGAGAAGAAGUAAGAGGAUUGAAGAGGUUGGAGACUUUUGCAGCUCAAUUGUAUGACUUGCAAGACUUGAACAAUUAUGUUAAGUCUAAUCAUUUUAAAAGAUUGAGUAAGUACCAGCUUGUGGUUGGACAAGUGGAGGACGGCGUUCAUCCUUUUAUUAAUUUAUCUAAAGGAAUAAGUUUAGCAGAAUGUGAGAUAGGUGGAGAAGAUAGCGUGGUGCUUCCAGAUGAUGUGCAGGAACUAUGGAUUUAUCGGGGUAGAAAAUUUAGAAGCUUAAGUGAUAUUUAUUCUCUCCAAAAAACAACUGAGUUGAGAAGGUGUUGUGUUGCUGAGUGUGAAGAGAUAGGGUGUGUGGUUGACAUGGUGACGUCAUCAUCAUCUUUCAUUAAUAACCUUGAAUGGCUAUUCCUUUAUAAGUUGCCCAACUUGAGUGUUGUUGUGAAUGUGGAAGGAGUAGAAGCAACAUCGCCUCACAUCUUUUCCAAUCUUAAAUUCUUUGUGAUGCAGGAAUGUUCUACAAUGAAGAGGUUGUUUUCAUUUGAGCUGCUGCAAGGCCUCCAAAACUUGGAGGUUAUUACAGUUCAGGAUUGUCAACAAAUGGAGGAAAUAAUAGGGUGGGAAGCAAAGGAGGAAAAUCACACAGUUAAUGCAACUACUACUGCUGCAUUCAUUCUUCCAAAAUUAAGAGUGUUGAAUUUGCAGAAUUUACUAGAAUUGGAGAGAAUCUGCCCCGCAAGAGGAGUAAUGGUUUGUGAUUCUCUCCAAGAAUUACAAAUACAGGAAUGUCCAAAGUUAAGGAGGAUUCCCCUGGUCGGGAAUGUGCCGCCAUCUCCUCCAGCUGCUCUUCAAACAAUCUCUAUAAGGCCAAGAAAUUUGUGGGAAUCACUGGAGUGGGACGAUCCCAAGGCAAAAAUGUCCUUAAACCCUCUGUGAAUUUUCCUUUUUGAGGACUGCAAAUGGAAAGUUUUGCAUCAAAUCAAACGGCCGAGAUCCAAUACCAGGGGUUGGGUCUGCAUCUUUGUUCAGCCUGUCAAAAGGAUCUCAUCUUGGAAUGGGCAGGAAAUAAAACCAAAACAAUGGGUCUUGUCUGCUUGACUUGAUUGUUGUUUCAUAAUCUUUGAAAUCUCUAUUUGUUUUUGAAUGCUAGUAUUAUGUAAAACCCAGUUCCUUUCUUGCUUCUUAUUUUCAUCAACUCGUGUGAUGUUGUGUUAAGUUACAUUAUAUAGUUGUGUGAUUGUUCUUUGGAUAUUAGUGUAAGUUACAUUACAUAGUUGUGUGAUUGUUCUUUGGAUAUUAGUCUCAAAAUCUUAAAUUAUUGUUGUAAUUAACUUGAUUAUCUUUC